CCUAUCAUAAUUUCACCCUACCAAAAAAACCUUCAAAAUCCAGUGGACAUACAUAAGAAUUGCCGUAGAAGUCAGUUGGAACAAAACAGCGCGCAUUGACGCAACGAAAAUCCAAAGUCGGAAGAAAAUAAGAGCGCGAAGAAACGUUGUUUUCUGGGUUUUGGGCCAUAGUUUGAUAUGGCUGCCACUCUCCAGAAACUUGCAGUAUUCGUGUCGGGCAUAUGGAUCUGCCUCCUGCUCCUCAACCCCUUUCCACAAACCAGGGCAGUGGUUGGGCACAGAGAGCCGAUGCCUGAUGACAGUAGAGACAACAUCACUAUUUUCACCCGGAUCCUGGACAGACUUCUGGAUGGCUACGACAACCGGCUUCGCCCCGGACUAGGAGCAGAGAGUGUGACGGAGGUGAGGACAAAUAUCUACGUGACCAGCUUUGGACCAGUGUCAGACACAGACAUGGAGUACACCAUCGAUGUGUUCUUCCGUCAGAGCUGGAGGGAUGAGAGGCUGAAGUUUGACGGGCCUAUGCAGGUCCUGCCUCUUAACAACCUCCUGGCCAGUAAGAUCUGGACUCCAGACACCUUUUUCCACAACGGGAAGAAAUCUGUGGCCCACAACAUGACCACGCCCAACAAACUGCUACGACUGGUGGACAACGGUACCCUGCUUUACACUAUGAGGCUAACCAUCCACGCUGAGUGUCCCAUGCACUUGGAGGAUUUCCCCAUGGAUACACAUGCCUGCCCUCUGAAGUUUGGGAGCUAUGCAUAUACAAACAAUGAGGUUGUCUAUCUCUGGACCAAAGGAGAUGAGGGCUCUGUAGUCGUAGCAGAUGAUGGGUCAAGGCUAAACCAGUAUGACCUACUGGGCCACGUUAUUGGGAAAGAAUCUAUGAUUUCCAGCACAGGAGAAUAUGUAGUGAUGACAGCGUAUUUCCAUUUGAAAAGGAAAAUUGGCUAUUUUGUGAUUCAAACCUACCUUCCGUGCAUCAUGACUGUCAUCCUGUCUCAGGUCUCCUUCUGGCUAAACAGAGAGUCGGUUCCCGCCCGCACUGUAUUCGGGGUCACCACAGUUCUAACCAUGACAACCCUGAGUAUCAGUGCCAGGAACUCCCUGCCUAAGGUGGCUUAUGCCACAGCUAUGGACUGGUUCAUGGCGGUAUGCUAUGCCUUUGUCUUCUCCGCCCUGAUAGAGUUUGCCACAGUCAACUACUUUACCAAGCGCAGCUGGGCAUGGGAUGACAAGAAGGAGGCCCAGGAGAUGAGGAGAAGAGAAUCUGCCUCUCUUUCCAAAAAGGCCAAUAACACAUUCAACAUUGUUGGAACUACAUACACACUCAACGAGGCAAAGGACCCAGGUUUAACCACCGUCUCCAGGAGUGCCACUACAGCUACACACCACCAACACCACCACCACCACCACCACAGCCACAAGGUUCCUAAAAUGGACGACAAUUACGUGGAAGCCAUAAAGUCCUACAACCGUGUCAGCAGAGUGGACAAGAUCUCACGCAUCAUCUUCCCUGUGCUGUUCUUCAUCUUCAACCUUGUCUAUUGGGCCACGUACAUCAACAGCAAGCCGCCUCCCAAGUCCACCACCCACAAUUAAACUCACCACGACUGAAUAUUAGGCUGAGAUUGCAAGAGGCCGAGAGAUCCACGACAUGUUAUUGUAUCGUUGUUUUGGACUUCAUUUUGAUAUUUGCAAGUCUCAAUAGGUCACAGACAAACAUUCUCGUAGAUUUGUAUGUACAUAGUUGAACUAUAAAUGUUCAUUUGUUGUUACCUGAUUAUUAGUUUGUUUGAUAGAAUAGCCGGAUGGUGUUUUCUUUUCUCUUGACAUGAUAAAGGCGAGCAUGUGUUUGAAUCCUUCAUGGUAGCUCAUUACAGAGGAUCGGGUCCUGGUAAAUCACUGUGUGUAAACACACACUCUCACACACACACACACACACACACACACACUCACACCAUUCACUCUGAAUUGCGUCAGGAUGCAGCAAGGAGAGCCAUUGGCUGCUUGUCGCUAUAGCGAGCUCUUAUAGCCAGGGGCAGCAUGUAGAGUUCCAUAGGGACAUCAUUAAUAAUCCUCAGUGUCUGCCCUUCUGCUAGCGCUGAAUCUCAACAGACCCAACGCAAUAUCAUCUGGAAUUGCUUUUGUGUCCUAUCGGGCCUGCCUGUGUAUUUUCCAGUCCAGAGACUCCUAUUGUUUUAACAGGCUGAGUAUGUUUAAAGAGAAAGAAGCAGUGUGCCUUUUUGAAUACCCACAUCAUCAAAAUAAAGCUUUUCUCGCACACAAACAUAUACAUAGAGUACAUACACACACACCAACACGUACAUACAGUACACACACACACACAAACACGUACAUACAGUACAUACACACACACAAACACAUACAUACAGUACAUACACACACACAAACACGUACAUACAGUACAUACACACACACAAACACGUACAUACAGUACAUACACACACACAAACACGUACAUACAGUACAUACACACACACAAACACGUACAUACAGUACAUACACACACAAACACGUACAUACAGUACAUACACACACACAAACACAUACAUACAGUACAUGCACACACACAAACACGUACAUACAGUACAUACACACACACAAACACAUACAUACAGUACAUACACACACACAAACACAUACAUACAGUACAUACACACACACAAACACGUCCAUACAGUACAUACACACACACACAGAUACAUAUGGGGACUAUAUGGUUUAGGUCUGUGUGGCGGCGCCCCCUUCUCUCCCUCCACCUACAGCCCACGGUCCCUAGGGGACAUGGUCAGCGAGGUGAAUUCUCCAAACACAGAUCAUGCUUCAGGCCUAUGUAAGGUAGAGGGGAAGCUGCAGAGAAUAGUGAGUCACUACCACUGGAUGAAAUGUAAUCAUAAUGGGACUGAUGUAGCGUUAUAAAAUGUUCUCUAUGUACAUUCUCAUGUAUUGCUUACAGGGGUCAGCCUCAGAGAGCCACAUACAGUAGCUCAUUGACCUUUCAUGAUAUAUUGUGAAUUUGUUUUUUUGUUUGCUGUUGAAGUGCUUUGAGAUUCUAUGAAAAGCACUAUAGAAGUUUAAUGAAUUAUUCUUUUGAUUUAUAGCUUGCAUAGUAUUCUGACACAUCAUCAGCUCAGACUGACUUCUAAUAUAGAUAAUAUAGACAACAUUUAUAUAGUAACACUUUCAUCUGUUCAUUUUGUCAACCAUGUUCUAUCUAUAGUAAAUAUGCUGGACUUUAGUCGGUAGCCCUUUCCUGCAGUCAAAUGACCUCGUGGCCUCAUGGGUGUUAUUCAUAUUUGUCAUAAUAUCAUAAUUAAUUAACAUUAUUUCAAUCAUCCUGAUCCAGUGUUUCUAAGUCAAACAGUUUUGUUAUAUUUCAGUCUUCUGUGAUGUAUAUUAAGUGUAAUAUUGGGAUGCAAACUUAAAAUUGAAUAUAUUUCAACUCUAUGUCUGACAUGGUACAGGUGUCCUCUUUUUGUUAAGCCCAUAGCCAUGUGUGUGAGGUGUAUACAUUGGUUUCAAAGUAGAUUUGUUUAAGACUUACCCAGAAACACUCUGUGUGACCCUGAUUCAGCCCACUGCAGUACAAGGUUAACGGAUGUUUUCUAAUGAAAGCUUUGACCCUUGUGUUCAUUUCUUCAUGAGAUUGUGACACACGUUUGAGGUCUGAUUUAGAAAAGGCUACUUCUUUUUGAAUAUGAUCAUUUCCCGUGUUGUCUCAUUCCCAUUCUAUAGAUUUUGGUUGAAUUUUGUGUAACUUAUAAUUUGCAAAACAAAGGUGACUGUAGACAGGAAAAGGCAUGUUUUGUUCAACAUACCACACUGCAGGCUGCAAAUCAUUCGAAACGUUCACCUGUUUUACACAUCCACGUACAUAAAGCAGGGGUGGAGGAGAGGCGGAUGCUAUGCUAAAAUAUGUUGUGCUCAAGUCAUACAGCUUGUGGGUGAAAGUAAUGACGUUGCGCAGGACUUGUCCCAUGUGUUUCCAGAGUGCUCUGUGAUUGUUACACAGAUGACCUGCCCUGAACCCAACAUGCAGUAGGUUCUCAACCAUCUCUCAAAACAAGACCACGUUCAAAGGAGAAACGCCUUUUCGAAUGGAUAGAAUGUGUUAAAAACAAAAACCAUGUACAAUGUAUCAAACAUAUGCAUGACAGUCUGUACGUGUGGAAGUCUGCAACCUUCAGUAAUGACAUUUGUCAUAUUGAAAUCUAAGGCUUAGUCUUGUAUCAGUGUUUCAGUUGCUCACUAAGAUACUGUGUAGUAUAAAGCUCUGUUGAAGCUGAGGAUUUUCCUUCUAGCAGGUUGAUAACUACAGAAAUGACACCUAAUCAUCAUUAAAUCAUAUAUAUAUAUAUAUAAGGAAUAUAUUUGUAUAUGAAGACAUACAUAGUAAAUAUAUUUAUGCUAAUUAACACAUACAAUAUAAGACAUAUACAUGUUAUAUAUGAUAUAGCCUAUACAGUGUCAAAACAUGUUGAUGGGUAGAAACCAGUAGACAAACAAAUAGACAAGUUGUGAAUUUCUGUAGAUACUGUGAAUACAACUGAAAUAGAGAGUUUGUGGACUAUAACUAAGUCAGGUUAGUACUUUUUGGUAUUGAUCAGCUCUGAAGCCACUUCAAUGCUAUGAGACAUUGACAUUGGUGAUGCGUGGCUUCGCAGCAAGUUCAGUACCUUGCAUGUACUUUUCAUACCUAUCUCUGAAUGACCGGAUGCCUUGUCUGCCAUUGAUGCUGCUGUACAUACUGUACCCUGUUCUCCUGUGAUUUAACGACAUGUCCCAAAGCACUGAGGGUGUGGAGACUGCCUCCACACAGAGAGCUCCCAGAUGACGAGGCACUCUGGCAGUACGUCUCAGUAUUGGCCGUGCUAGUCGUUGCAAUCCCAUGUUGAAGCAUCUAUCCCGUUACUCUCAAUGGCAGGACCCUGUAUGUUAAAGAGCCCUUUCUCCUUUGUCUGCUCACUGCUCAGAAAAUUGUAAAUGACAGUUGGGAUUUCAAGGACAUUGUGUGUGGACUUGUGUAUUAAGUAACCAAACAAAAAGGUGAGGGGAAAAAACUUUUAAACAGCAAAGAAAAUGAAAAAAAUCUGCCCGAGUCAUCUGGUGAGUUUUGACGUGUCUCAUUGAAACAUAAAUCUUGCGCCUCUUGGUGGUUACCUCUGUCAUUUGGACUGUACUCUAGCGCAUGCUAUUCAUUUUGUUAGUGGUGUUCGCACUGUGAUUCAAUGCAAAAAGAAGGACGGAACAAGGAAAUCCCAUAUGGGACAAGGCACCGACUGCACAAUCUGUGUUGGCAUUCUUGAUUGCACCAAGGAACAGUCACCUGCCACUUGGAGUCUUUUCUGUGAUGUACUGCAUACAAAUACAAGGACAGCAGAUGGAGACUAUAGAUAUUAUACAGGAGUGUCCACACUUUUUUAUUUAGUGGAGAAGGGAGCGGGUGAUGUGAAUCACCCCACAGCUGAAAUAUAGUCAUGAGUCAAUGAUGAUGAAAUGUCUGCCUCAAUAUGUACCGUUUAUGAUUUGUUGCCUCAACCAUUCAGUAUAUCUCCAUUAUUUCCAGAUUAUUUGUUGUGCCAAAUGACCUUUUUGAAAAAGAGUAGAGAAAUUAUGUGCCCAAGGAUAUUUCAUCGUUUCAUGUUUUGCUCUCAGAGAGAUUUGGUUUGGCAUUAAAAAUAUCUGAAGGGCGUUAAUUAAGACACAAUUUGAUGAAGCAGGCGAGUUGUGUGGGAGAUUACAUUUGCAUAGCCAGACGCUGACCUGUUUAACAUGCAUCGAGGCGUUGAUGAUGGACAUUCUCCAUAUUAUACGCCAACAGCUGACCCAUUCGCAUCAGUAAAUGAUUUAAUGGCAGGGGUAAAACACUACUCGAUAGUGUGUCAUUUCAGAUGCUCAGACAAAUUAUUGCUUAGGAUAGUCAAGUGACUCUACCAUGGAUCCUGCACAAGGAUCUGUCAACUACAGUUUGGAACUAUGCACAAACAGUAUGUUGUCAGACAAGACAAACAGAAGGUCAAAGUCAUUCUCUAGUGGUUCACUUCCUGUUCAGUAUUGAAUUGUAUAAGGAGGUGGACCAUCUAGUCCAUUAUAUUUAGAGCCAAAUAACCUCUCUUUUGUUUCUCUGCACGCAUUAGAGAAAAGAAGGAUGUGUUGAAAAUGUGCCAUGAAUAUCUGUGGUUCUACUGUAGAAUAGUUUUGACUAUAAAGUGGCUAGGUUGCUUUUCCUUGCUAUGAUAAAAGAUAUGAUCAAUUAUACAUUAAGUAUAAGAGUUUUAUUCAUAACCACAGCUUUCUGACUGUACUAAGUUUGGAUUGGUGUACCGCACUGUGAAUGCUGCACUAUCCCUGUGACCCCAAAGUUAAUUAAGCCAAGCACAUUUGACAUCUUUCAUCACAGUGACCUAGUUUCAGGAAACAGUGAGCUUGCAUAUUUAACCUGUGUGGAAACCUGUGGCUUCUUCUGAAUCUUAUGUGGCACUGUGCUCUGUCCUGCUGUAUUAAAGAAUGCAAUGAUCAACUACACAAUUAUUCAACUGAUCGGUAGCCAGCAUAUCUGAUGUGAUUUGAUCUUAUUGUUGAUAUGAAGGCAGAGUGUCUGCCACGGGGUUUAUUUGACGACUCGCUGUGUUGCUGUCUUUUUUUUAAUUUUAAAGACGACGGUGUAACGGUGACGUCAAUCUGUCAGAGGUGGAGUUGUUUUUUUGUAGAACCCUGACUGAAAAUGUUGAUUUUUCUCUGUUGUGAAGGUUUGUUUGUGAGGCUAAUGACAAUACGGAAAUGAUGUUUUUAACCUACCUUUGUCCAGGUUUUACUGUUCUUUACGUUGAAUAAAGACACAGCACUUUCAUUUGCCGCUUGGUAUUCAAUUGUCAAUGUGAAAGUGAUUAAAUAAACUAUUGAAUGCA